ACGGAAGUGUAGGUGACGGUCCGCGACACCACCGCCAAGCUGGGAACCGGGGAGAUGGCCGAGACCGACCCCAAGAGCGUCCAGGAUCUCAAUUCCGUGGUCAAGACUCUGCUGCAGCAGAUGCAAGACAAGUUCCAAACCAUGUCCGACCAGAUCAUUGGAAGAAUUGAUGACAUGAGCAGUCGCAUUGAUGACCUGGAGAAGAACAUUGCAGACCUCAUGACACAGGCUGGGGUGGAAGAGCUGGAAGGUGAAAACAAGAUCCCCGCCACACCGAAGAGCUGAAGGU